GUGGCAGUCCUGAUCCUGGAUUGAUUGUGUGUGUGUGUGUGUGUGUGUGUGUGUGUGUGUGUGUGUGUGUGUGUGUGUGUUCUUGACCAGCGUAUCUUUGAAAAUCAACUGUCACUGUGCUUCCUGCCUGUAAUCAUUUCCCUAGUUUCCUUUCUGACUUUUUAAAAUCGAUGGUGACCUCUGCUUAUGAGUCAUGAGUGAUCUGUUCGUCGUAGGCCCCUGAGGACCUCACUCUCCACUCCUGUUUCAGGCAUGGGGCGGCUGGUUCUGCCGCGGGGAGCUGCCGUCUUUCUGCUGGGAGGCUGGAUGGCUUUGGGGCAAGGAGGAGCAGAAGGAGUACAGAUUCAGAUCAUCUACUUCAAUUUAGAAACCGUGCAGGUGACAUGGAAUGCCAGCAAAUACUCCAGGACCAACCUGACUUUCCACUACAGAUUCGACGGUGAUGAGGCCUAUGACCAGUGCACCAACUACCUUCUCCAGGAAGGUCACACUUCGGGGUGCCUCCUAGACGCAGAGCAGCGAGACGACAUUCUCUAUUUCUCCAUCAGGAAUGGGACGCACCCCGUUUUCACCGCAAGUCGCUGGAUGGUUUAUUACCUGAAACCCAGUUCCCCGAAGCACGUGAGAUUUUCGUGGCAUCAGGACGCAGUGACGGUGACGUGCUCUGACCUGUCCUAUGGUGAUCUCCUCUAUGAGGUUCAGUACCGGAGCCCCUUCGACACCGAGUGGCAGUCCAAACAGGAAAAUACCUGCAACGUCACCAUAGAAGGCUUGGAUGCCGAGAAGUGUUACUCUUUCUGGGUCAGGGUGAAGGCUAUGGAGGAUGUAUAUGGGCCAGACACAUACCCAAGCGACUGGUCAGAGGUGACGUGCUGGCAGAGAGGCGAGAUUCAGGAUGCCUGUGCAGAGACACCAACGCCUCCCAAACCAAAGCUGUCCAAAUUUAUUUUAAUUUCCAGCCUGGCCAUCCUUCUGAUGGUGUCUCUCCUCCUUCUGUCUUUAUGGAAAUUAUGGAGAAUGAAGAAGUUUCUCAUGCCCAGCGUGCCAGACCCGAAAUCCAUCUUCCCCGGGCUCUUUGAGAUACACCAAGGGAACUUCCAGGAGUGGAUCACAGACACCCAGAACGUGGCCCACCUCCACAAGAUGGCAGGUGCAGAGCAAGAAAGUGGCCCCGAGGAGCCCCUGGUGGUCCAGUUGGCCAAGACUGAAGCCGAGUCUCCCAGGAUGCUGGACCCACAGACCGAGGAGAAAGAGGCCUCUGGGGGAUCUCUCCAGCUUCCCCACCAGCCCCUCCAAGGCGGUGAUGUGGUCACAAUCGGGGGCUUCACCUUUGUGAUGAAUGACUGCUCCUACGUGGCGUUGUGAUGGAGACACCACUGUCAAAGUCAACGUCAGGAUCCACGUUGACAUUUAAAGACAGAGGGGACUGUCCCGGGGACUCCACACCACCACGGAUGGGAAGUCUCCACGCCAAUGAUGGUAGGACUAGGAGACUCUGAAGACCCAGCCUCACCAUCUAAGGCAGCCACUGCCCUGCUAACUUUCCCCCACAUGAGUCUCUGUGUUCCAAGGCUUCAUGGCAGAUGGGAGCCGAUUGCUCGAGGAGCUUUACUCCCAGUUCCUUUUCGUGCCUGAACGUUGUCACAUAAACCCCAAGGCAGCACGUCCAAAAUGCUGUAAAACCAUCUUCCCACUCUGUGACUCCCCAGUUCCGUCCAUGUACCAUUCCUAUAGCAUUGGAUUCUCGGAGGAUUUUUUGUUUGUUU